GAUGCCUCUGAUAAUUAUUCAUUAGUUAAAUCCAAAUGCUUUCUCCAAAACUUAUCAAGAAUUUUCUUUUACGAAUUUUUUAUCAAUUUGUCAAAAUUAUUAACAUAACCACUCAGUACUUUUCAAUAAGAUUUUUACAUUUUCCCACCAUUUUGGCCAAGAAUAUGAAAUGGAAUUCCCUCCAUGUGGGAGAGAUGGAGAGGCUAAAGCGGAGGCGUAUUUCGAGGAGGGUGUUCACGUUCAACGCUAGUCCUUGGAAUCAGUAGAGCCACUGGAAUGGAAUGGAAUGGAAUCCAAAUCCUCCUCCAUCCAUUCGUUGGAAACCCACAGUUGGUGUGCUUGCUCGUCAGAUUAGUCUGUGUAUGUGCGCGAAUUUGUUUUGGCAGGUUCAGAGAAUGAAUGGGAGACUCAAAUCCCAAGUCUUUAAUUGUUGGGAAUGACACUGAGGAGAACAAAAUCUGCUUGGAACCAGCUAAAAUAGAAAAACCAGGCAUUUGGAAAAAAUGAACGAAAAGGCCUCCGUCUCCAAGGAACUCAACGCCAAACACAUCAAGCAGAUUUUAGAAGGUCUUGUUAAGCUACCACAGAACAGGGAAUGUGCUGACUGUCGUAACAAGGCCCCCAGGUGGGCAAGUGUGAAUCUGGGGAUAUUUAUAUGCAUGCAAUGUUCUGGAAUUCAUCGAAGUCUUGGAGUGCAUAUUUCAAAGGUACGAUCCACAACUUUGGAUACAUGGCUGCCAGAGCAGGUUACUUUCAUGGCAUCUACCGGUAAUGAAAAGGCAAACAGAUACUGGGAAGCAAGACUACCACCAAAUUCCGACAGAAAUGGGAUUGAGAAAUUUAUUCAUGCCAAAACUUGUAGGUAUGUGGAAAAGAGAUGGGUUUCGAAGGAUGAAACUCAACCAACUCCAAGAUCAGCUGAAAUGAGUGGCAAUUUUAUGUCAGCAAGAGCAAUGCAAAGAAACUUUCCAAAGAAAACAAGGAGUCUAUCUCUCGAGGAAGCAAUUCUAUCAAAACACCUAGGUGUAGCACAAGUUUCUCCUCCUCCUGUUGCCAAAUCCCGUGGGGGUUCAUUCGAUUUGAAGAACAGCAUGUUUGUUUCACCACCAUGCAAGGGUCCGUCAAUGACAACAGAAUGUCUUACAUCUACAAGAAGAACGAAUGGUACCAAAGACCUCUACAACUUGAUUUAUGUCCAUGAUGCAAAGAAGGAUUCUUCUACUGUGACUCCCUCAUCCUGGGCAACUUUUGAUUGAGAUUUGUAAGAUUGAAGCUGUUGGAGUUGGAAAUCCUUGUUGUACCCUUGACCUAUUAAGGUCCACAUUGUAUAUUAUUCCUGUUUUGCAAGUUUAAAAAUGUAUACUCCAAUUUACAAGUUUUAGGUGACAGAUAUAUACUUACAAUUUCAAUUCUUUUUAAGAUGUGAUUAUUUAUUUUUAAGUCCA